AAAAUCAGCACUAUUGGAACAGACAGCGCUCCUAAUAUGGUGGCAGCAGGGAGGAUACUGCCAUUCGAGCAUUUGCCCUGUGUUGCGCAUGUUGUACAGAGAGCUAUUGUAAUGUCACUUCGGGAAGGUGGUUUUGAUGGUGCACUGGCCAAGUGCCGUAAAGUGGUCGGACAUUUCAAACACAGUCCGGCCAACUCAGACGAGCUGAAUGUCCAGCAAGCUUCCCUUGGACAAGUUCAGGAGCCACUUGUGCAAGAUGUUCCAACACGGUGGAAUUCCACCCUUGAGAUGAUCAAGCGCGUGAUGCGCAACAGAGACGCACUGUACACAACGCUGUCUCAGCAGAAGCACAAUCUGGCCCUCCCAACAAAUGCUGAAUAUGAGAAGUUGGCAAAGCUAGAGAAACUGCUGGAGCCAUGCAGGUACAUCACUGAGCUCCUUGGUGGGGAUAGGUAUGUAUCCUGCUCUGUGGUUCUACCUGGCCUGUGCCACCUCCAGCAUGUGAUGAAGAUCUCAGAUGAUGAUCCUGCCUAUAUUGUGCGAUUCAAAGCUGCCUUCACCAAGGACCUCAACCAGCGGAGCGAGAAAAUAAACCUGGAAUGGCUUAAGGUGGCGACUGCUCUAGAUCCAAGAUUUAAGGAUCUCAAGUGCUUGCCCAGAGCAGAGAGGGAGCCAGUGUGGGCAAAGCUAAGUGAGUUGGUGAAGAGAGAAGAACCUGCUCUGCAGCCACUUGGGGAGAAGAACCCUGAGCCACCCAAGAAGAAAACAGCCCUGCUACUGAUGGGAUCAGACUCUGAAUCAGAUGAGGAGACACCAGAAGACAAUACUGUGGAGAGGUACAAGGUAGAGCCCAGUGCCAGUCUAGAUCAGUGUCCACUGAAGUGGUGGUCGGACCACACUGCUGUCUAUGGUAAGAUGGCCCACAUUGCCCGUAAAUACUUGGGGACUCCUGCCACAACUGUCCCAUGCGAGAGACUUUUUUCUUUAGCAGGCCAUAUUGUGCAGAAGAGGAGAUCUAGUUUGUCACCAGAAAAUGUGAACAAGCUGGUCUGCCUGAGUGACUGGUGGAAGAAGGAGAAAUAGAGCUUGGACUGAUUGACACAAAGCUACUGACUGUAAAACAGUUCAUCACGACCUCUUAUGUAGGCCUACAGUUCAAAAUUCAUGUUUAACUGAAUAAACAGUUAGUAAACACAAGUACAUCUUGUUGAACAUGAUUUAUUUUCAUCACCAAUUAUCAUAUUAGAACAGCUUUCCCAAGCAGUUUGUGAUGCAUUUUGGAAACAGGAGAUGAGCCCCUGGUCUAAUGCGCCACCUGGCUUGAGAAAC